AUGGGUACAACCGCAAGAAAACCUAAGAUCCUUGCCAGACAAGAGAUUAUCAACCAUAUUACAUCUGGGAAAGCCAUCGUCAUAUACAAGAACCAUGUCUUGAACUUGACCCAUUGGAUACACAAGCAUCCUGGUGGAGACAUGGCCGUGUAUCACUUAAUUGGCCGUGAUGCUACCGAUGAAAUGAAUGCGUAUCAUUGUGACGAGACGGUGAGCACAUUCCUCAAGUGGAAGAUCGGCGAAAUUGACUAUAAAUGGGAAAAUCUCUUGCCUCCUAUCCACGGAGGAGUGUACCAUAAGGUCAGUGUGGACAAAGUGGAUUCCGACACCGAGUUCAACAGUUCUAGUUCUACUCUUAAUGACGUCGAGGAGUUCAAUGGAAUUGGAAAACCCGAUGGGAAAGUUGUGCCUGUUGUGCCUCAGAAUGUACUUGUCACCAAGGAGAACACCGAUGAGUUAUUCCCUAUUGUGGACGUAGAAACCAUUGUUAAUCCCAAGACGCUCAUGGAUAAUUACGACAAUGGCUUGACUCGUGAGGAUUUAAACUCGUUACCGGCAUUGGACUACGAGACUCAGCAACAUUUACGCGAUGAGUAUAAUGCAUUGCAUGAUUUGGUUAUCAGGAAUGGGUUCUACCAGUGUAAUUAUUGGGACUAUGUUCGAGAAAUAAUGAAGAUUAGUUCGCUUAUGUUGUUUUCAUUUUCGUUCCUCAAGUUGAAUUACCUUUUCUUGAGUGCAUUUUGCAUGGGGUGUGCCUGGCACCAAGCUACUUUCAUAGCCCAUGAUGCCGGUCACGUUGCCAUUACCCAUAAUUAUCAAUUUGACAAUAUUUUCGGAAUUCUCAUUGCCGAUUGGUUUGGGGGGUUGAGUUUAACCUGGUGGAAGAGAAACCACAAUGUUCAUCAUUUGAUCCCAAAUGACCCCGUGCAUGACCCUGACAUUCAACAUUUACCAUUCUUUGCCGUGAGUGUCAGAUUAUUCGACUCGAUCUAUUCUACAUACUACAAGAAAUACUUGUGGUUUGACAAGUUUGCACAAGCAUUAAUUCCAAUUCAACACUUUAUGUAUUACCCUAUACUUUGUUUUGGAAGAUUCAACUUGUAUCGUCUUUCCUGGGCCCAUUUAAUCAACGGGGAUGGACCAAGACACGGUAAGGCUGCCUGGUUUAGAUAUUUCGAGUUGAUGGGAAUGUCGUUUUUCUUUUAUUGGUUCUUCUAUUUGCUUGUAUUUAAGAGCAUUGAUGGUGGAUGGAAUAGAUUUAACUACGUCAUGGUGAGUCAUAUCACCACCAUGUUGGUCCAUGUGCAAAUCACCCUUUCCCAUUUCGCCAUGUCUACCUCCGACCUUGGAGUCAGUGAGUCGUUUGUGUCGAGACAAGUGAGAACCACCAUGGAUGUGGAUUGUCCCGAAUGGUUUGACUUUGUCCAUGGAGGUUUACAAUUCCAAGCUAUCCACCAUUUAUUCCCACGACUCCCACGUCAUAAUUUCAGAAGAGUCCAGCCAUUGGUUAUUCUGUUUUGUAAGAAAGUGGGGUUAAAGUACUCCAUCUAUGGGUUCGGCGAGGGGAAUGGUAAGGUUAUUGGGAAAUUGGGUGAUGUUGCUAAACAAUGCAGUAUAUUGUUUGAUGCAAUCAAGAAGUACGAAGGAGACUUAGUUUAG